AUGGCGUCUCCGGACUCAGAUCUCAUUGUGCAACUUGAGGCACCCAACGGCGUCUGUUACGCGCAGCCGGUGGGGCUUUUCAUUAACAAUGAAUUUGUGGCCGCAGUUUCAUCAGAAACAAUCACAACAAUUAAUCCGGCAAACGAGCAGGAAAUCAUCUCCGUUCAUUCAGCAGGCGUUGAGGAUGUUGACAAUGCAGUACACGCCGCUCGUGUCGCCUUCCAUGGGCCUUGGAGGAAGUUUUCCCCUGCAGCCCGUGGUAGACUACUGCUUUGCCUUGCUGGCUUGGUAGAAGCCCAUAAGGAAGUGCUUGCUACCAUCGAAACCUGGGACAAUGGAAAGCCAUAUCAUGAAUCCUUGGAAUUUGGCGUUUGCGAGGUUGUCGACGUCUUGACAUACUAUGCUGGAUAUGCAGACAAGCAACCUGGCCAAGUGAUUGGUGUGUCUGACAACCAGCAUGUUUACACGCUUCAGGAACCCAUUGGAGUAUGCGGUCAAAUCAUCCCCUGGAACUUUCCUCUCAACAUGGCUGCUUGGAAACUUGCACCAGCCCUCGCUGCCGGGAAUUGCGUGGUAUUGAAAGCAGCAGAACAAACACCACUCUCAGUACUGUACCUUGCUAGCCUCAUCAGAGAAGCUGGUUUCCCUCCUGGCGUUGUUAAUGUGAUAAAUGGCCUCGGGAAAACCGCAGGCGCAGCCUUAACAGGCCAUCCGGACGUCGACAAAGUCGCCUUUACCGGCUCAACAGACACAGGAAAGCAAAUCAUGCGGCUUGCUUCCAAUACCCUCAAGAAAAUUUCUCUUGAGACUGGCGGGAAAUCUCCUAUGAUUAUUUUUCCAGAUGCAGACCUAUACAAGGCUGCCUACUGGGCACACUUGGGUAUCAUGUCUGAUGCGGGACAGAAUUGCACAGCGAAUAGCCGCAUUCUGGUCCAUGAGCUCGUCCACGAUGCCUUCUUGAAAAUAUUCCUUCAGCAAAUUCGAAGUGCACCAUUGGGAGAUCCUUUUAGUCCACAUACCUUCCAGGGACCUUUAAUCAGCAAGGCACAACAUGAUCGGGUCUUGGAUUAUAUUGAAAUCGGAUUGUCAGAAGGCGCUUCCCUCGCUACUGGUGGAAGAACCUGGAAUCAAAGGCCCAACCAGAAAGGAUACUUUGUGGAACCGACACUAUUUACUGACGUGCACGAUGAUAUGAGAAUAUGUCGCGAGGAGAUUUUCGGACCCGUCGCUGUGAUGAUGAAGUUCAGUUCGGAGAACGAGGCAGUGGCACGAGCCAACGAUUCCAUCUUCGGGCUUGGCGCUGCACUCUUUACCAAAGAUGUAUCACGGAUUCAUCGUGUGGUGAAAAAGAUUGAGAGUGGGACUGUUUGGGUCAAUUGCAGCAACAACAUGGAUAUUCGGGUUCCGUUUGGGGGGGUGAAGCAAUCUGGUAUUGGACGAGAACUGGGAGAUGCGGGGAUCAAGGCGUACAGCAGUAUAAAAUCUGUUUACAUCGAGUUGGAAGAUGAGGACAGCGAGAAGGCAUCGGUGCAACAUGUAAACAGGGAUAGUCAUCUUUGA